ACGGUUACAGACUUCCGACUCCAACAGGGCGGGGGACGGCGCGUUUCCUCCGCCCGCGCCGAAGCUCGGGCAAAGCGAGAGCAUCCUUAACCCGAACGGCGGCCGGAGCCGGUGCUUCUCAGUGAAGAGGAUUCAAAGAGCCCAGAGAUGCCUUGGCCAAGCAGAAAGAGAGACAAAGGAGCAGUAGCAGAUAAAAAGGAGCCUGAUGCUAAAAUUGCCAAGACUGAGGAGGAGAAUGAAGAUAAGGAGGAAGAGGAAAAGUCCACAAAACCUCCAGCUGGGAGCUCCAAGUCAGGAUGGAAGAACUGGAAAAAGGCAAAAGAGUCUGAUUCUGGUGGGGAGGAAAGCAAGAUAACAUAUUGCCAUUGGCUUCUGAAAUCGGAACCAGAGAGCAGGCUUGAGAAGGGAGUGGAUGUGAAAUUCAGCAUUGAAGACUUGAAGGCUCAGCCCAAUCAGACAACCUUCUGGGAAGGAGUAAGAAACUACCAGGCAAGGAACUUCCUGAGAGCCAUGAAACUUGGGCAACAGGCAUUCUUCUAUCACAGUAACUGCAAGGAGCCUGGCAUUGUUGGCAUUGUCAAGAUUGUAAAGGAAGCAUACCCUGAUCACACACAGUUCGAUCAGAAGGAUCCUCAUUACGAUUCCUCCAGCAGGAAAGAGAACCCCAAAUGGUCCAUGAUCUUCCCUGCAUGGAGGUCAGUUCUGCAUCCAUUGCAGAAUGCUGGGUCAGGAAGAACAAACAUCCUCAAGCAUUACUCUUAGUCUGUAGCAAUGAAAACUAUGGUUUUGAUUCAUACUACAUUAUAAGGAAGUGACUGCUCACAAGCUGGCUAUAAAACCUGCAGCUUUGUUUUAUAUUGUCUGUGACCACAUAAAGGUAUGUUUCUAGUGCAUGGUGCUGAGAUUGAUGGAAACAAGUGGCCUGCCAGAAGCAUCUGAGAUUUUCAGCCUUCAGCAAGAAAAAACUUCCGUACCAUUACAAGAUGCUGUACAUUGGUCAUUUGAUUCAGCUUAAAAUCCUCAUUUCCCCAAAGAUCUUAUGUGUUAUCUGGAUGCUAAAUCCUUCUUCAUCCAUGCUCCUCUGCUGCUCAUC